AUGAUUGGGCAGAUUUCUCUGUUUAACAAAACAAUUAAUCCGAAAAUUUAGUAAAAUACUUAUUAACUAAUCAUAUUUUAAAACAAUCUUUAUCAAAUCAUUAAAAAGAGGCCUUAGUAUUAUUUGCUGUUAUAGUAAGAUUUACAGAAUACUCUAGAAAGGUUGAACCUGAGUAGGUUGUUAACAUUUUAAGAAAUUUAUUCAUAGGAUUUGAUAACGAAUGUUUAACUUCAAACAUAUACAAGCUUUGUACCAUUCGGGAUGCAUUUGGAAUAGUAGAUAUUAUGCAAAGAAAUGCUGCAUAAGAGGCAAAAAAUGUUUUUGAAUUGGGAUUUGGAAUGGUUGAAAUUAUUAGAAAUGCUAGAUAGAUAAUUGGAUUUGAUGGAUUAGAUAUGAGAAGAGGAAUAUAUACUGUAACUAAGUAAAUUAAAUAUUAUUAGGGAAAAGUGAUAGCAGGAAUUCUAGAAACAAAAAUAGUUAGGUAUGAUGUUUAUAGUGCAGAUGUUAUGAUUUCAAAAAAAAUGAAAUCCAAUGGAGAAAAAGGGAGAGUUCAAGUCUCAUAAGAAACCAAAACUAGUAGAAGUCCAAUAUCAUCGUGCGUUUAAUUUUCUUUCUAAUAAAUUGAUUAAUUCGAAUCAAUUAAUAGACAAAUAAAUGGUUACUUUGUUGAACCUCAAAAAAAUGAUUCUGGAUUUGAUGAUUCAAAUCAAUCAAGUGAAAGAGAAUAAUUUAAAACAUUCAUUUGA